GGAAUGAAAACCUUAAAAUUAAAAAUUCCCUCCUUACAGCCGCUACUGAUUCAUUCUCACUCAUGAUUCAUUCAGUUUUCAAUUUCUAUCCACUAUCAAAAGGAGAAGCUCCCACUAUCAAAUCCAAUCAGAAGCAAACAUCAUGGCUCGACGAUGCAAGUUGCGGAAAGGGAAUUCCAUCAAUAUUAACUUGGAAAAUGAGACUGAAAAUAAUGUUAACCAGAACUUUCAAGAAACUCAAGAGUUAUACCAAAAUCAGGCUUCAAAUUUUCAAGGGAAUACUAGUCAGAAGACAAUGAGGUAUCAUUAUGAAGGUCAUUUUAUAUUUUCACCAAAUAGAAUAUAUGAAAAUGGUAGGUUCAUGGAGAAACCUAAUUUUGAUGUUGAUUUCAUCUCAUUUUUUGAUAUAUUGGAUGACUUGAAAAAGGAUUGUGGAUUUGAUGUUAUAAAAGGAGAUAAAUUUUAUUACUUGAAGGCUGAUAAAUCUCUUAGUGAUCUUGAUGCAUUGAUAGAGGUUAAAGAUGAUACAGAUGUGAAAAAUAUGAUGGAUAGUUAUAAGAAGUUCCCUUCGAAACCCAUUGAUAUAUACACUCUAUUUCGAGAUUAUGAUAUUUUACCAAAUGGACUUGGUGACGAGCUACCCGCAGUUACUGUUGAUCACACUUCUAAUCAACUUUAAAAUCCAAAUGCAACUGCAGCAACAGGUUUACUCAUUUAAUUUUAUUUAAACAAUUGAUUAUGUUUACUUGUUCUAUGUACAGAAAUUCUUGUUAUUAUAUGAUUAUUGUUUUACUUUUAUUUUGAAAUAGGUUCCAAUAUAAUUAAAAGAAAAACUAGAGGACCAACACGAUGCUUGAAAAUCACACAAUUGGAGAAUGGACAAAAAUUGCCAGUAGAAUUUGAUGAAGAUGAUCAAGCUAUUGGUGAUAAUGCUACUGCAUUUGUUUGGUUUUUAGGACAAAUUAUUAGAAGUGUGUCGUGUUGUCCAUUGCAAGUGAAACAAUGGAAUAAGAUUACCGAUGAUAAGCUCGACCUUAUGUGGUCUACCAUAUUAGUACGAAAAUUUAUAUUAAAUUACAUCCAUUAUAAAAUGAUUAUAAUUUUUUUAGUUCUAUUAAGUAUCAUAAUAUUUAUUUCUUACUUCUUUGCUAAAAGGAAAGUUCACUUUUGAGUAUUCUGAUGCAAGAAAGGGAGCAAUUUUCGGUCAUAUGAAUGCAUUAUAUAGGAAUUAUAGGCAUAAGUUGAAGAAGAAGUACUUUGAUUCAAAGGCAACUUAUUCACUUCGUCUCCGAAACAAGCCUAAGGAUAUGGAUGUAAAAGAUUGGAAGUA